GGAAACAGACGAGGCCUAUGCCUCGAAGGAGUCGGAGUGGCGAGCGCACACGCGCGAGAAGCAUGCGACACGGGCGAAGGGCGCGAGAAGGACAACGGGUGCGGGGCGCGCACGAGCGAAGCCGUGCGCGAUCAAGAUUAGGAAAGCCGUGAGGCGGCGGGCGUGCGAAGGGCGGCCGAAAUUGAAUGGGCGUGUGAUUGGGAUUUGUUUGGAGUGCAAGCCAAGCAAAAUCAAGAUCUA